AUGGGCAUACUUAAUGAGAAUAAACUUGGAUGGAAGUCAAGAUCCUACAAGAGAAUUCUGCUCCCAAAAGCCAUACUGCCAAUCUUCCAUAAUUCCACUUCCCCUACUUUCCUCUUGACGGGGAUCCCUGGACUUGAAUGGGCCAAUGUCUGGGUCUCCAUCCCCAUCUGCUGCCUCUAUUUAACUGCCCUUUCUGGGAAUAUCCUGAUCCUUUUUGUCAUCUUCACUGAGCCAACCCUCCAUGAGCCCAUGUACUAUUUCCUCUCCAUGUUGUCCACCACUGACAUUGGCUUAUGUAUCUCUAUACUGGUGACAGUGCUGGAAAUAUUCUGGCUCAAUGCUUGGGAGAUCAGCUUUAACACUUGUUUAUCACAGAUGUUCUUCAUUCACCUUUUCACUUUCAUGGAAUCUUCAGUGCUCCUGGCUAUGGCCUUUGAUCAUUUUGUGGCCAUUUCUAACCCUUUAAGAUAUGCUACCAUUCUAACUCAUGCAAGAAUUGCACAGAUUGGUUUGGCAGUCAUAACCAGGGGGACUGUCAUUUUGACACCACUAAUCCUACUUCUUAAGCGACUGUCAUUCUGCCGCAGCCACGUGCUCUGCCACUCCUACUGUUUCCACCCUGAUAUGAUGAAACUCUCAUAUUCAGACACAAAGGUCAGCAGUGCACUAGGAUUAACUGCAAUCAUCUCUACUGCCGGAGUGGACUCCAUCUUUAUCUUGCUCUCCUAUCUGCUGAUCAUUUGCUCAGUUCUCAGCAUUGCAUCCCCAGAGGAGAGGAAGAAGGCCUUCAGCACCUGCAUUUCUCAUAUCACUGCUGUUGGCAUAUUCUACAUCCCUUUGAUCAGCCUGUCCUUUGUUCACAGAUUUGGAAAACAUGCCCCACUCCGUGUGCCCACCCUCAUUGCUAACGUAUACUUGCUCAUCCCCUCUGUGAUGAAUCCCAUCAUCUACAGUGUGAAAACAAAGCAGAUUCAGAAAGCUGUGCUCAAAUUUGUAUGUUCCAAGGGAAUUCAUAUUUAA